CAGAGACGAUGGCGGCAAACCGGUCGUGGGUUGAUGAGUACCGGGCACGUGACCCGCUGCGGGUGAGGAACAGCCCAGCGCUGGAGAGCUACACCUACUCGUACGAGGUCGAGUACUCGGAGGAGGACGACAACGAGUACGGACGAUACGCUGGCGGCGGCGGUGGCCAAGACGGACGGGCAGCUCGGGGCGAGAGGGUCGAGGACGAUGGGUCGGAUAUCUCUUUCUACUCGGACUCGCUCUACUACACAACAGGCGUGCGGGGCAUCUCGCUCGAGCCGUUUGAUGAGACCCUGGACAAGGCGGCCCGCCAAGCAAGGGCAGCGUUCGAGGGCCGGAGCGAUGGCGAUAGCGAUGGCGAUGGCGAUGAGCGGCGUGGGACGGGUGGCGGACGUGACCGGAGACUGAGCCUGGAGGCUGACGGUAGCGGGCGAAUGGAGGCGGUGUAUGUUGUCCGCCACGGAGAGAGCACGUUCAACGCGUGGCGGACCGACUGGAAGACGUACGCCAUGUGCGGCUGCUUCUCCGAUCCGCAUCUGAUCGAUGCGCGGCUCUCAGCCAACGGCGAGAAGCAAGUUGCCGAGCUUCGCAAGGCCGUCUUUGCCUCGGCGCCGUCGGCGGCGGGAUGGGGUACCGUCCGCGCCCUGGCGACUGUCGAUGUGGUCGUGGUCUCGCCGCUCACCCGGGCUCUGGCCACCGCCGCCGCGCUCUUUGCCGAGACCUCGAUCCGGGUCCUCGUCUCGCCGCUUGUCACCGAGGCCAUGGACACCGAGUGCGACAUCGGGCGGCCGCUCGAUGUGCUCGCCGACGAGUUUCCGCACUUUGACUGGAGCGUCGCUGCCGAGCACGCCGCCGCGCUCGGCGCGCGGCCCGACGCCUGGUGGCCGGCGCCCGAGCACAAGGAGAGCGCUGCCGCCGUCGCCGACCGAGCCUCGCUCGCCCACGCAUGGAUGCAAGGGCUCGGUGCGCCCCGCAUCGCCCUCGUCUCGCACUCCAACUUUCUCAAGGCCUUUACCAAGACGACGUCCAAGCUGCCCAACGCCGCUGCGGGCGUGCUUACGGUCGCCGGCUUUGCGCGGCUGCAGCAAUAGCACGGAGCAUAAAACAAGU